AUGUUCAGUAAACAUCAGCCAAAACCCACAGAGAAGGCCAAGAAAUUCUUUCAGUCAGUCAGGAAGGCUGUCAAACACAAGCAAAGUGAUGGUGACAAGCUCAUCUUCAACAAGGCCAAACAAGCACCUGUUGCAGCUGCAAGUGACUCUAAACUUGAAGAAAGCUUAGGGCUAUCUAUAUCAAAAAAGGCUCCCAUCAGAAGCAAAAGCUAUUCUGUUGUCAUUCGAAGUGAAGAUGAGGAGGAGGAACUUAAUCAUGAUGCUGACAUCAUCAAAAUUUCUGCACCAAUGUCCUCUAACACAAGUGCCAAGGCUGACGAGUCUGAAAGUGAGACCAAGUGUCCCAAGGAGGAUUCCGAGGCUGAAAUGAAGUGCUUGAGCAAAGAAUGGCUCUCAUCUAUCUAUGCAUUCUUUGAGCCAUUCCCUACCAUUGGACAUGAGAACCAACACCAUUACCAUGAUGUUAUUUAUCUGUGUUGUCCCUACACAUACACGGACUGGGUACAUACAUUUAGUGUACCUUAG